AUGGAACAGGCCAACCACACAAGCACCCCUUUUUUCCUACUUGCUGGUUUCAUGAUCCCAUACUCCCUGAGACCACUAGCCUUCCUGGGGAGUCUGAGUGUAUACAUUCUCACACUGAUGGGGAACUUGUUCAUCAUUAUGCUAGUGAAGGCAGACCCCGGGCUGCACACACCCAUGUACUUCUUCCUCAGCGUGCUGUCCUUCCUGGAGUUGUGGUAUGUGAGUACCACAGCCCCCACACUGCUGCGCUCACUUCUCUGGGGGCAAACCUCCAUGCCCUCAGCUGCAUGCUUCAUCCAGCUCUAUGCUUUCCAUGCAUUGGGAUUGACUGAAUGCUACCUGUUGGGUGCCAUGGCACUGGAUCGCUACCUAGCCAUCUGCCACCCACUGCAUUAUCACUUACUCAUGAGUCCACAGCUGCGGGUGGCGCUGGCUGGUGCCUCCUGGGCAGCUGGCUUCUCAGCUGCCCUGGUGCCAGCCAGCCUUAUGGCAACCAUGCCUUUCUGUUUGACUGAGGUAGCUCACUACUUCUGUGACCUGGCUCCUCUCAUGCGCCUGGCAUGCAUAGACACAGGCUGGCACAAACGCAUCAUCAGCGCUUUUAUCGGCACCAUCAAUGGCUCUGACUUCUUUUGCAUUGUGGGUCUGUAUGGUGGUAUCAUUAGGGCUGUGUUAAGGCUGCCAUCUGGGGCCAGUCGAGUCAAGGCUUUCUCUACCUGCUCCUCACAUGUGACAGUAGUGGCACUGUUCUUCGGCUCUGCCUUCAUAGUCUACUCGGGGGCUUCUGGAAGCCACAUGGAACGCACUGAUAGGUAUAUUGCCUUGGUUUAUGCCUUGAUUACACCUUUAUUCAACCCCAUAAUCUAUACCCUGCGCAACAAGGAGGUGAAGGAAGCCGUAUGGAGGAUCUUCCAGAGGUUCCGAACACUCCAGGGACUCUGA